AUGCCCGGCAUGGCUGGACUAGCCAACAGCCGACGCCGCGCAGAUAUUGAUCUGCGCCGCCCCAUGUCACUCCCUAUGGGAGCCAGCCGUUUUCUAGGGGCCUGUCGAUUCCCCUCCACCAUUAUCUACAAUCUGGCCGCGAUAUCUAGAGAACAGUCUAUAGUCUCUCCCCUCACUAGCAGCGAGAGCUAG